AUGUUGGAACAUAUCGUCACAGAGAAAGUGUUGCAGCAAGCCUUUGCCCAGUACUUAAGGGCAUAUGCUUACGGCUCUGCCGCACCAAACGAUUUCUGGAGAAUCCUGGAGAGUGAGAUGCAUCAAUUACAGACAAGACGCGAUCACAACAUAACAAACGUAAUAAACAUCUGGCUGUCGCAAAGUCACUAUCCGACAUUACAAGGUUUUUCCAUAACGUGGAUCAAUAAUAAUAAUAAUCCAUCGCGAAAGUACAGUUAUCUGGACAAUAAGGAGAAUCGUUCAAAAAUAUUUAAUCCAGAAACUUUUCUCAUAUUUAACGCACGGCAACUCGGCUUCUAUCGCACCAGUUAUACCUAUGAGAUGUGGUUUAAAAUUAUAUAUUAUCUGAAUAACCAUGAUUUUACGACAAUACCCGUUCUGAAUCGUGCUCAGAUUAUCGAUGAUGCAUAUCACUUGGUGUUAUCGGACAAGAUGAAUUACGAACUCUUUUUGACACUGGUCGAAUACUUGCGGGAUGAAACGAAUUUCAUAGUAUGGCAUAGUAUGAUGAACGUUCUGCACUAUAUAUCGCCAUUUCUCAAUUUCCCAGAAAGUGCAGAGUUUAAGGAAAUCACGUUGGACGUUAUUGAUGAGGUUCUGACGACAAUCGGAUAUGAUGAAGAUUCUAAGGACGAUGACAAGUUGAAAGCUAUGCGACUGUUACUCCUGAAUUGGGCUUGUAAACACGGCCAUGUUGAAUGCAAGAAGCGGGCCCAUCAUAAACUGAUUUCACAUAUCGACGAUCCUAAGAACAACACCAUUUUGCCGUGGUGGGAAAAUUUGAUAUAUUGUACGGGUCUCAUGAACGCGAAGAACGAGACCGUUUUACAUAAAAUUUUGAAUCACACCGUGCAAGAAAAGAAAGAAAGAUUGUUGCAACACAUGGACUGCAUUGAAGACGACCACUUGCUGCAAAAGUUAGUGACAUUGAUCGCAGACAGAUCUGUUGGUAAAUGGAAAGAAGUGGAACCUGCGCAGCUAAGGAAAUUAUACCACGGCAUUGUGAAGAAGCACGCCAGAAAACCUCAAGUCCUCGAUUUAAUCCUGCACAAUUUUGAUAAAAUAAUGCAAGGUUACAUGACUGAAAUGCAGGGAAUGGCUGACAUUAUUAUGAGCUUAUAUUCCAAAUGCUAUUUCGGCAAG